AUGUUCGCCGCCUCCGACUCAAGCAGCGCCGCCGACCUCCGCCCCAAGCCGACCAUUCAGGCUACAUUAGUUCUUCCUUCCCUUGAUCACACUUCCUAUUGGGCUGAUGAAAGGGACCCUUGUGUGAAUACUUGUGGUCCAAAUACCACCAUUUUUAAUUUGUUUGAAGGCUUACGUAUUGCGGAUCUCUCAUUCUUUUAUUCGUUUUUAAUCCGACAAUUGGAUGAUCUAAUGGAGUCAAAAGCUGGCAAAAAGUCUGGUAGUAAAUCUUUAUUUUACGAAGCUCCCCUAGGUUACGGUAUUGAAGACGUUCGUCCAAGCGGUGGCCUCAGGAAAUUCAAAUCUGCUGCUUUCUCCAACUGCACCCGCAAGCCGUCCUGA